AUGGGAAGUAAGAUAGCCAAGCGGCCACCGAAGUAUCGAACCAGUGGGACGGUGCUGGAAAUCGUUGGUGUUUGGCCGGGUCCCCUGAAGAGAGCUCUUUCUCGCGUGGAAUCGGCCCCUUAUGAAGAGCAGGUCUCUUGGCUUUACUAG